CCCUCCUCCUCCUCAUCCUGCUCACUCUCCCACUCGUCCAUCCUCCAUCAUGACAAUUCUAGGCCUCUCCGCAGCGGGCCCCUCUGCCCCUGCCCACUUCUCUCUUGAGGCCAUCGUCCGCCCCAACAUCCUCGCCCUGCAGCCCUACCGCUGCGCCCGCGACGACUACUCCUCCGGCAUUCUGCUGGACGCCAACGAGAACGCGUACGGCGCCGCCCUGCCCGCCUCGUAUGCGCCGCAGGCGGCUGCGCACGGCCUCGGAGCCGCGGCCGACCUCGCCGCCCUCAACCGCUACCCGUCGCCGACGCACGACGAGCUCAAGCGCCGUAUUGCCAAGCUCCGCGGCGUGCCCGACGAGAAGUGGGUCUUCCUGGGCGUCGGUAGCGACGAGGUCAUAGACAUGCUCUUCCGCUGUCUCUGCGUGCCGGCCAAGGAUGCUGUUAUGACCACGCCGCCUACGUACGGCAUGUACGGCGUGUGUGCGCAGAUCAACGACGUUGGCGUGGUCAAGGUGCCGCUCGUGACGGAGGGCGGAGCCUUCCAGCUCGACGAGGAGGCGAUGGACGCCGCGUUCAAGGCCAACCCUGGGCUCAAGAUGGUCUUCAUCUGCUCGCCCGGUAAUCCUACGGGCACGCUCAUCCCUCUCGACGUGAUCAGGCGCGUCGCGUCCAACAAGAACUUCACGGGCCUCGUCGUCGUCGACGAGGCCUACAUCGACUUCGGGCCCGAGGGCUCUUCGGCGUGCGCCCUCGUGACCGAGUUCGCCAACGUGUGCGUCAUGCAAACGCUCUCGAAGAGCUUCGGGCUCGCGGCCAUCCGCCUCGGCUUCCUCCUCGGCUCACCCGAGCUCGUGCAGAUCCUCACCAACGCCAAGGCGCCGUACAACGUGUCCCUCCCGACCGCCGCGAUCGGCCUGCAGGCGCUGAGCGACGAGGGGCUGGCCGUCAUGGCGAAGAACACGCGCGUGCUGAACGCGAACCGCGACACUCUCAUCGCCGAGGUCAAGACCAUCCCCAACGUCGGCGAGGUGCUCGGCGGAAACAACGCAAACUUCAUCGUCGUCCAGAUCCUCACGGAUGGCCAGCCCGACUCGGCGCGCGCAAAGGCUGUGUAUACCGAGAUGGCGGAGAACAGAGGCGUAGUCGUGCGCUUCCGCGGCACCGAGAUCGGGUGUGAGGGAUGUCUCCGCAUCACCGUCGGCACCGAGGAGGAGAACAAGACUGUGCUCCAGCGCUUGCGGGAGCUGCUUGCGUAGGCGUGGCGGCGGACGCGAGGCGUAGUCUGUAGAGGAUAGUAGAGGUCUGCAUCACCUAGAGUAGCAUGGCAGCACGGCCCACAGUCUACGCAACAGGUCACAACGAUACAGUCUAAUGCUCGCGCUUCUUCUCGGAGCGCUUGCGCGGUGCCCGUGGUGGCCGCGUCCAGAACUUUAUGCUGCCUGAGCGACUGACGGUCGCAACGCUCUUCGGGCCCAUAUGCAGCGAUGUCAUAAG